AUGCUUCAACAGUACGACAUUGUUUAUGUACCACAAAGGGUAGUUAAAGGGCAGGCAUUGGCUGACUUCCUGGCAGAUCACCCAAUUCCAUCCAAUUGGGAGUUAAGUGAAGACUUGUCCGAUGACGAAGUUCUCUUCAGGUGGGUCAUGUUCUUUAACAGUGAGACACGAAAAAGUGGUGCGGCGGAAAGUAUUGUCCUCAUUUCGCUAGAAAAGCACAUGUUGCCUUAUAGCUUCGCACUUACCGAGUUAUGCUCAAACAACAUCGCCAAAUACCAAGCCUUGAUAAUUGGUCUCCAAAUGGCCUUAGAGAUUGGAGUAGCUUAUAUAGAAAUCUUUGGUGACUCAAAGUUGAUAAUCAAUCAACUCUUAUGCCAGUAUGAGGUGAAGCAUGACGACUUGAAACCCUACUUCACUUACGCUCGCCAGUUGAUGGAGAAGUUUGAAAGCGUGGCAUUGGAACAUGUCCCGAGGACAGAGAACAAGAAAACGAAUGCCUUGGCAAACCCAGCCACUGCCUUAACGGACAUGGAUAAUGUGCCCCUUAAUAUAUCGCUUUGGCGGAGAUGGGUUAUACCUCCGGUUGGGACUACAUAUGGGGAAAUGAAUUCGAUAUCAGUCUACUUAAUCGACGAGGAAGACUGGCGGCAGCCAUCAUAA